AUGUCGACACUUGAGUUCGGCAUCGGGCCGGCCUCGGACCGCGAACCGCGACGUGAACGUGAACAACGCGAUCACGCUGACACGAGGAAACAAUUCCCUCAGCCAGAAAGCCGUCCAUCUCGCUCACUUCGUCUUGAGCCUGAAACUCUACAAUGCUAUUCGUUCGAUGGACAGCCAGGAGCUUGUUCGGCCGACCCGGACCUCGAAGAACGAACGCUCUGCCCAACGUCCACAUAUCACGAACAUGACAGUCGCGCAGGUGCCGCCGACGCUCGUAAUGGACAUUCUCCACAGCCGAGCUUGUUUGCAAAAACACCCGUAAAGAGAUGCUAUCACGCAGAUGAAGGCUACAGGAAGGCCGCCGAGCUCAUUGCACUGUACAAGCCAAAUGACAGGCCGUUCACGGAGCUGGUCUUGGUGCACAAUGCCGUCAAGCCCAGAGAGAGAACACGAUCUCUCUCCCAUGAAGGCCUUGUCAGUCAGGCUGAAGACGUUGAAAGACUUUUUCACGGAUACGAUGCACCUCAAGACACAUUAUUGGAACUUUCUGUUGAGCGGACUGUAGGAUCAUGUCAAUGGGUUCUCGAUCAGGCGAACAUGAAAUGUUUCCUCAACGACACUGCCUCUCAGCCCCAGCUCUUGUGGUGUUUUGCCGGCCCUGGCAGCGGCAAGUCUUUCACCGUAACGUACAUAAUUGAGAGCCUCUUGGAAAAUUCGAAAAGUUGCGCCUAUUACUACUUCCGAUCCAAUCAUCAAGAGAAGAACAAUUUGAGCCAUUUCUUGGCUUCUAUUGCAUGGCAGCUAUCUCGCUUUAUACCAGAGUAUCAAGCUGAACUUGCUUCGCUUGCUCGAGAAUCAUUCGAGGUCAGCAAAGCUGGGUACAAGUUGUUAUGGAAGAAGCUCUUUAUGUCUUCAUUGCUGCGAUGCAAUAUAAUGGAGCCAUUCUACGUUGUAGUCGACGGUCUAGAUGAGUUCCGACAAACUGAGGAGCUUCUACAGCGACUACUGGUAGAACUUGCGAACGCCAACAUCCCUGUACGCCUGCUCAUGAUCAGCCGCCGCACGCUCGAGAUUGAGACCUCGAUCGAGCGAUUGAAAGCAUACAUGGACGUGCUGUCACUUUCCCUUGAGAAUAACACUGAGGAUAUAGAGAUGUAUGUUCGAGAUCAGCUGGAGUUCAUGCCGGGUGACAGUGGCUUCAAAGAACGGAUAGUGAACGAAGUCUUAGAAAAAGCCGACGGGACCUUUUUAUGGGCACACCUUGUUGUUCAAGAGCUUGUUGAGUGUCGCACCGACUUUGAAGCGGAAGAGGUAUUGCAGCGGGUACCUGAAGGUCUUGCGCCACUAUAUGAACGUAUGGACGAACACCUGGCAGAAACAUUUCGUUACCGCCCCGAGACACGGGAGCUGGGUCGUAUCAUAAUCAUUUGGGCAUCAUGCGCCCGCCGGCCACUACAUCUCGAUGAACUCAGGACUGCACUUGACGACAAUUAUCCUGAGAUCACGGACAUUGGCCGAACCAUACGGGAGUGUUGCGGCGACUUCGUGAACAUCGACAAGAAUGGGUGUGUGACGAUGGCGCAUGCCUCGGUCAGGGAAGUCCUGAUGUCAAACUCAGCUCUUAAUUUUCAUGUCGAUGUACACAAAUCUCAUCACACCCUGUUCACUAGGUGCAUAAGACGGCUGACUCCUGGCCGGAAGGAUGAUAGUGCACGGGGAAACCGCGCCCUAGCAUUCGAUGCAUAUGCUGCAUCCUCCUGGCCGUUCCAUCUUAAGCUGAGCUUAGGAUUCGAUGACUACAGCUCGCUCGAUUCUGUGAUGGCACUGUUACGUAGUCGGGCAGCUUUGGACUGGAUAAAAUUACUAGCAGAGGCUGGACAAUUGCGUGCAAUUAUCCAAGCAAGCAAAGCGCUGGAAGAGUUUCUGGUGGCUCUAAAUGAAGCGUCUCCAGAAGUUGACUCGUCGUGGCUCAUUCGACACGAUCAAAACUUCCUGCUGCAAUGGACCCAAGACCUGGUUCAUGUUGUAGGCACAUUCGGGUCGCAGAUCAUCCGGUCACCGAUGUCUGUGUAUAAUCUGAUGCCUGCCUUCUGUCCGAAGGAGUCUAUACUCUAUCAACAGUUCGGCACAGCUUGCCAGAAUUCGUUGCCGGUAGAGCAGCCGCGACUCAAGAUUCGUGGUGACCUCAACCCAUUAUGGGAUGAUUGCUUUGCCAAUUUCGCGGUCGCAAGCGACUCUACACCAACUUCAAUCCUCAGUCUCGGUCAUUACUUUGCGAUCUUGACGAAAGGAGAUGGCACAGUGCAUAUCUACAAUGCAAAUACUUGCGAGCUUACUCAGCGACUCUCGCAUGGGGACAGAGUUUUGACAUUUUCUGCUGAUAGCUCUAGCUCAAGAAUUGCAACCUACGGACUCAGAAAGACCACGAUCUGGAACAUUGAGAGUGGAGAACUCAUCUGUAGCAUGGAGAAUCCAAAAUACGCGAGAGCUUUGACGAUCUGCUUCCAACAGAGCAAGCAGCUGGGAGAGACGCUCCUGACAUUCUCCGACGAUCGCGUUUUACGCAUAUGCUCUCUGUCAGCUAUGCGCUUUCAGUGGAGAUGUUUCGGGGGAAGUCUAGACUCGGAUUCGACGCAGCCGUACCAAGUAAAUGCACCUCACAACGCUCAGUUCAGUCCAGAUGGGCUGUACAUUGCGAUUUCGUACCGCGGCGCGAAUCCAGCUGUAUGGUUUCUUGGAGGGAUUGAGCCGUGCUUCGUGGCGUACCUGGAUCGGCACGGGAGUAGCAGUCCCAGAACUGCUAUUUCUCGACAUCAGCAUACUAGAGCUUCGCAUGCUGGUGCGUUUGCUUGGAAUCCUCUGACGGGUCACCUUCUUGGCACGUACUUUGAUGGCGGAGUCUUCAGAUGGCAUCCACAGCACCGUGACCUCGAUGUCCACAAGUUUCGAGGCAACGCGAUAAAGUGCUCAGCUGAUGGCAGAAUCUUCGUCACUGGAGGAAAGAAUGGCACCAUACGAAUCUGGAAUUUUGAGCAUUUCAUACCGAUUGCGCAGAUACAGUAUCCGUCUUUAAUUCGAGAUCUCGACAUAAAUGAAGCUAGAGUGUACGAUCUUCGGGAGCAAUUUUGCAACAUCUGGGAGCCGAGCGGUCUUCUUCGCGCAUUGGAGGAGGGCGAUGAAACAGCAAGUGAUAACUACUUUGGCUGUGAAAAAGACGACCAAUCCGUGGUCGCAGAAUCGCGUCGCGAGCAAGAGGAAUUUGAGUCAAUAACAGCUUUGUUGACAUUUAGAGGCGAGAGUUUAUAUGCCUUUGGAGACGAGGGUGGUAAAAUCACAAUUGCGAACUUCGACGGAAAAGUCGUAGCGGAAGUACCAGGCGGCUUCAUGAGCAUUGAGCACCUAUCAUGGUGCAAGCGGGCUUGCUUGCUGGCAAGUGUCGACCUGGGACACGACAUCACAAUCAGGAAGAUCGACAACCUGCACGACGGAUUAUACCAGACGAAAAACAUCGAAACAGUCAGGACUUUUUCAGAGUCGGAAGAGGUUCUACAGAUCCUGCUGGAUACCGAUGGCGAUACAUUAUUGGUGGUGACGCCUUCUGCCACGAAACUUCACCUCGUCUUUGAAGACCUUGCACCAAUUAUUGUGCCUGCUGCACGGCCGAGCAAGUGGAUCAUUCACCCAAGAGACAAAUCCCUUGCUUUAGGAUUCAGCGCUGAUCACGUCACCGUAAUGUCUCUGGAGAGCCCCUUGGAGUCGACUUGCUUGCCAUAUAAGGCAUUCCGCGCCGAUGGAGAUCAAUUCAGUAUAGCGCAGCUGUUUAGUGCAGACCGGCCUUCUCAAGCAUAUCCCUUCAGUCCAAGCGACAUCAAUCACACGGUCCACAAGGUGUAUAUCUCGCCUGACAACACUUUGGCCAUAAUCGAUAUCUAUAAUGCGAUGAUACACUCAAAUCGUCGCACGGCGUGCUUGCUGCUAGAGAUGAAGCACUUCGAAAUCGAAGCACUCCCACAAUCAAUACCUGUCCGAUUGGUCCCAUCCAGACUCAUUGAAGUGCUCUACAUGCCGUUGGGCUUCGUCGAUGCGGAAUUGAUCAAUUCCUCACCCCGCCGGGACUCCUUCACAGAGCAGCUCAUAUACAGCACGUUCAUCUUCGUAGAUAGGGACUUCUGGGUCUGCUCUGUCAACCUCACCUUCGCGGAAACGCAAGGACCCGACGCGGUAAUCCGCAAGCACUUUUUUCUCCCGAGGGAUUGGCAGAAUGCAGAAUUGCUAGAAAUGGCCUCUAUCACGCCUGCCGGUGAUGUGCUGUUCCCUCGACAUGGAAAAGUCGCAGUUGUCUCCAAUGGACUUUUCGAAGAAUUUACUGUGUAG